AUGCCCGUCGACGAAUCUCGGAAGGAGCAGCCACCUGGCGGUGCUCCAAUGACUACGGCGCUCCUUUCCAGGAGCGUCGAGCCUCCAGAACAGCCAGAAACAGCUGCUUCAGAGCCCCCGUUCAGCAUCUUCGAUAGACGGCAGAAAUGGCUCAUCGUGACUAUCGCUUCCACUGCAGCAACAUUCUCGGGUUUCGCGUCGAACAUUUAUUUUCCUGCACUUCCAACGAUAUCUGCUGAUCUAGAUGUUUCUUUGGAACUUGUCGACCUGACCGUAACCUCGUAUCUGAUCUUCCAAGGCCUCGCUCCAAGCCUCUGGGGUCCAAUUUCCGAUGUGAAGGGGCGCCGCGUUGCGUACCUGCUCACGUUCUUGGUUUUUACGGGUGCCUGUAUUGUUCUAGCGGAGACCAAGAACUAUGCCACUCUUAUCGUUCUCCGGUGUCUUCAAAGUGCCGGUAGCGCAAGCACGAUCGCCAUCGGCUCGGGGGUGAUUGGUGAUAUUACCACGCGUGCCGAGCGAGGUGGGUUCAUGGGCAUCUUUCAGGCUGGUCUGCUAGUCCCAGUUGCUGCUGGGCCCAUAAUUGGAGGUGCUGUCGCCGGAACCCUGGGCUGGCGGGCUAUCUUCUGGGUAUUGACCGCGUAUAGCGGCGUUUUCAUCAUCGCAAUGCUCGUUCUGCUGCCAGAGACAUUGCGCUCGCUAGUCGCAAAUGGAAGCAUGGUGCCUUCGGCCUCGAACGUGAUGGCUAAAUACCCGCUGGUUGUCUACCAAAAGAUCACUCAGGUUGAAUGGAACCCGAUGGAUACGCCGCCUCGAGCCCCGACAAAACGUGUUGAUUUGACCGGACCUUUUCGCAUUCUCGUCGGCAGACACGCCACUCCUAUUAUCAUAUUCCUUGCCAUAUACUAUGCAGUGUGGCAAAUGAGCAUCACCGCAAUGUCUUCUCUGUUCAAAGACAAGUACGAACUGAGUGAGACUCAAAUCGGUCUGACGUUCAUUGCUAAUGGAGUCGGUUCAAUGGUGGGCACAUUGAUUACUGGCAAAAUCCUGGACGUUGACUACCGCAAGGUCAAGGCUCAAUUUGAGGCUCAAUAUGAUGUCGAAGGGACCAGUGUGGAUGAGAAUGACUUUCCCCUGGAAAAGGCCCGUCUUCGACUCACUCCGAUCUUUGCAUGCCUUCAGUGUUUGUCUUUGAUCCUCUUUGGCUGGACGAUUCAGUAUACAGUUCAUAUCGCAGUCCCUAUUAUCUCGACUUUUAUCACCGGAUGGACGGUUGUCUCGAUGCAAUCCGUCAUCAUGACUUAUCUCGUUGACAUUUUCCACGAAAGGAGUGCGGCUGCUAGUGCGAGUAUCAACUUGGCCAGAUGCUUGUUUGCAGCCGGUGGUACUAGCUUUGUGAUGCCUUUAAUUAACGCCGUAGGAGCUGGUGUGACGUUCACUAUUUGUGCGGCAGUGCAGUUUGUCUCGUUGAUUGCUCCCCUGAUUCAAUGGAGAUUCGCUGCAUCGUGGCGACGCGCGGCGGAGGGGGGAAAGAACAGAGCUAGCCUCAAUUGA